GCAAAAAGGCAAUCAAGGCUGCGCAGGGAGCUCUGACCACGCAUUUGCAUCAAUUACCUAUUGUUUCCAUCGCUGCAGUCGUGCUGUUGCACGCUGCGCGCUGCGCACACAGUCGUAGCAUCACUGCACGCAGAGCGGUACCAGCCAGCGUCCAAGUAACAUCAAAAACGCUGAGCGCCGACGAUGACCGAAAAAAAAUAGCUUAAUCUUUUCUGAAGCGGGCCCACUGAACCCCUUGACAGACGACAUUGACGACUCGACUGAGGCGCGUCCUGGACACAACGAGCGAAACGCAUCGUUGUAGACACACAUAACAAAAAAACACGCAGGCAUGGCGUGAUGGCGCACACGCUGCGCGUCGGCUGCGACCGGCGGGAGUUCCGCGUGACGGCCCGCGGCGACAAGCCGCUCCGGUCCGUGGCCAGAUCCAUCGCGAAGCGCCUCGGGUGCUCGCUCGUAUCACUCUUCGCCAAUGCGCGCGCCCUCGAUGAGUCCCUGACUGUCGGCGCGCUCGCGGCGUCGGGCGUCGGCCGCGUCGAGGCGGUGCCGUGCGACGACGCGCCAGCGCCCGCGCCGGCCGCGCCCGCGCCGCCGCCGCCGCGCCAAGCCGAGCCAAUGGCGCCAGCACCCGUGCCCGCGCCGCCAAAAACACCCAAGGCCCCGGCCGAGCCGCGUAUCGAGACCGCGGCGUCAACGGAAGACGCCCUCGCCGCCGCCGUCGCGUCGCUCGCGGCGUUCGCGCCGAAGGCCGAGGAUCCCAAGCCGCCAAAACCAAAGAAAAAGCCGGAACCGCGCGCCUGCCCCGGCUGCGCGGUCUACGUCUAUAAAACCAGAGAGGGCCGCUGCCUCGCCUGCGGCGCGGAUUUGAGUGGCGACUUCAAGCGCGGCUUUUUGGAAACCAAGCUCGAGGGCCUCUGCGUCGUCGUCGCUGAUACUAUGUCCGUGCGAGAUGUCAGGAAGGUGCACCUCAAGCAUUUGCAGAGAGGGGCCCUCGUGGACGUGAAAGAAGACGACGGCUCGACCUGCUCUGUAGUAUCGCAGGAGUUCCCCGGACUGAGAGGAUAUGCUCCGUCGAGCGACCUCGCCCGUUUUGAUGGAGACGACCUUCACGCUCAGACCUUCACAUCACUCUGGGAAGCGCCGGCCCUCCAGGAGGUCCACGAAGGCCACAUCCGGGGCAAAGUGGAGCGCGUCUGGCUCCGACGGCGAGGCCCCUGGCUCGACGAGGUUUUACAAGCGGACGCGAUCAUAGAACGCAGCGAGGGCUGGGUCGCGCGAUGUAUAAAGAGCGGCCGCGCCGGCGCCGUCUUCCACCCGCUGCAAGAGUGCGAGCCCGUCCUCCUUUGUCGGGGCCGCCUCCGCGACGACGAAUUAAGGUCGGACGACGAGGCCGACGCGCGCGGCGAUCCGCCCUCAUCGCUGCAGCCCUGGGACGCAGCUCUCCAACUCUGCGCGGACGUCGGGCGCGGCUGGCGGCCCUCGUUGUCAAAUGCCGACGUCUGGGCCGCGCGCGGCGAGGCCGCGUACGCGCUGGACAAGCACGCCGCGGCCGUCUACGCGUUCACGAUCGCGUUAUGCGCGACGGACGACGGCGUAUUAUAUAGAGCACGCGCGGCGGCGCUGUGGCGCGGCCGCGCGGACGGGAGGAAGGAGGAAGCGGGCGAGCCGCCGCGCGCGUUUCCCCUGGUGCUCGGGCUCCUGGCGGCGCGCGACACGCGAACAGCUCAACGCCGCGGCGCGUCGGUGGCGGGCGAGCCCUGGGAGACGAUUCUAGGCUUCGCGCGGCGCGCGCAGGUGCCGGACAUGCUCGGCGUGGUGGAGCAGGAGUGGGUCCGCCACUCGCCCGAAAAGAAACCCCCGCCAGUUUAAUGUUGUGAC